CCUUUUCGAACUCGCGAUCCAUGAUGGCGGGAGCACCAGAGGCUGCCGAUCCCUCUCCCGACGUCGGAACCGUCUCUCGAUGCUUCGCCCUCGGUGCCUCCGCCUGCUGCGGCCCCGUUGAUGGUGGACGAGCGGUUCGCGCUGGUGAGGAGCGUGGGGGAGGAAUGCAUGCAGGAGGGGGAAUUGAUGAACCUUCAUGUAAAGAAGACGGCUCCUGUCUGCUAUGAUGAAUUCGAACCGUCUGGGAGGAUGCACAUCGCUCAGGGAGUUAUGAAGGUGAUCAAUGUGAACAAGCUGACUUCAGCUGGGUGCACUGUGAAAAUAUGGAUUGCCAACUGAAUAACAAGAUGGGAGGUGAUUUGAAGAAAAUUCAAACCGUUGGUCGAUGUCUCAUUGAGAUCUGAAAAGCUGUUGGAAUGAAGCUCGACAGGGUGGAAUUUUUGUGGUCUUCAGAAGAAAUUAAGAAAUUAAUAGGUGGAAGCAUAAGUAUUGGUCUAUUGUAAUGGAUAUAGCUCAAAGGAAUACACUUCAGCGUAUAAUAAGGUGCAGUCAGAUGAGUUGACUGUGAAAAAAAGAUGAGUUGACUGCAACUCAGAUUUUGUAUCCAUGCAUGCAAUGUGCUGACAUAUUUUUCCUCAUAGGUUUUCUUUCCUAUACUGGAUUGGUUGUUUCUUGAUCUCUGUGUAAUCUUUUUUGUUUCUUCUUUUCUUCCAUGUGCCAUGUCAAAUUAAGUUCUAUUUACAUGUUACUCAGCUUGCUUUUAAAUAACACUUUUGCAGGCUGACAUCUGCCAGCUAGGCAUGGAUCAGAGGAAAGUGAAUGUGCUUGCAAGAGAAUACUGUGAUGCCAUCAAAAGGAAAAAAACAAGCCCAACAUUUUGUCACAUCACAUGCUUCCUAGAUCGCAGGAGGGACAGGAGAAAAUGUCACAAAGUGAUCCAUCCUCUUCCAUUUUGAUGGAGGAUGAAGAGGCUGAUGCAACUGUGAAGAUAAAAAAGGCUUACUGCCCACCAAAGAUUGUGGAAGGGAACCCAUGCCUGGAGUACAUUAAGUACAUUGUUUUCCCAUGGUUUGUCUAUUUUGAAGUUGUGCAACAAGUGGAAAAUGGUGGAACCAAAAGGAUGUACAACAACAUGGAAGAAUUAAUAUUGGACUAUGAGAGUGGGGCAUUACAUCCAGCGGAUUUGAAGCCUGCCCUUUCGAAGGCUCUAAAUGUUAUAUUGCAGAACGCAUGUCGAUGAUCACAAAUAGAGAGAGUUGUUGUUUGAAGUACUACAGGCAAAUAAUGACUUGCCAAGGCCACAUACAAACACGUCCUUCCUGCCAUGGGUAGUAGCGGUAGCAGCCCAUGCACAACUGUUGGACACCCUCUAAACAAAUGUCCAAUACAAUUUGGAGGAAAAGAUACUGAAAGAAUAGUUUGGCGACCAGUCUCAUGAAGAGGUGUGAAUCCAUACCACUUUGUGUGUGGCUUUAUUUGACCAUCCUCAUGGAACUCGAGAAGUUCUUGAUCUAAAAAAUAGCUGCUGCUUCACGAGGAUUAGCUUCAAUAGUCAACCAAACAAUGAGGCAGUGCAUCAACGUUGUCCACCCUAUCGUUCUUGUAGCACUCUCAGGAUGAUCUCUCGUGCUCACAUGAGAGAUCCAGAAAGCUGAUGCUGCUAUCUCACUGCUGCCGCUCCUAGAAAUCAGAAGAAGAUAACAUGCCAGUCUAGACAUGCGUGUCAUGGUGGGAAAUCUCAACGUGAGUUCUCUUGACCUUGUUAAACUAUGUGUACUCGGGAUGUGUUCUUAAUCAUCUGUGAUGAACCUUUUUUUUUUUUAUCACUUCACUAUUGUGUACCUCAUCCAGCUACUUCUUGGUUGGAGUUGUACAAGUGUUUCUUUCUUUAGAUUCCUUGCUACCCAACAUCUACAGGCUGAUAAGACUUCCUAACCACUGCUCCUAAAGUUUAUUGGUUUGAAUGCAUCAGUAUGCUAAAUUUCUCUGGCAAAAGCCAUCUUUGGUGUGGAUGAAGAACACCUCUAAACCAUGUGGGGAUAUGGAGCUGAGGAUCAGAAACAAUAUCUGCACUGUGAAAUCUAGGCUUCCAAUGAGAUCAAAUAGCAACCCACCUGCAUGUUAUCUUCAUAUUUUGGUACAUGGUCCCCCAUGUUUGAUUCCUUCAGUUUUCCAUGGUGUGGAGGAAUAGUACUGUAACCAAAAGAGAAGUUAUGGACCUUCUUGUAACUGGAACUUGAAUGUGACAUCUCCCUUGUAUGAAUCUGUCCUAAACAUGGGUCUUCCAGUCCUUGUGCUGUGCCAAAUCUUACAACAAGUGCCUGUUUCUUAAGAGUUUUUGUCUAUGAUCUCAUAAGUAAUACAUAAAUAAAAAAAGCAUGUAUUUGAUCAUAUAGAAGCUUAUAACUAUUCAAUUUUUAUGCAAUGGUUUCAUUUUUAUUUGGUGGGAA